AUGAAGGAGUUGGACCAUAUACAGGAGCUCAAGGAGCUCUUAGCGAUUUCUCGCCGCGUGCAAGAGUACUUCGACAGUUAUGUCGCCCGGCCAGUCCUUCCAGCGCGUGUUCGCCAAGAGUUGCUGGAAGAGUAUGAGAGCCUUGCGUUCAAUGCAGUGCAGGCAAGCGUCACGCGAGAUGCCUUCCGCAAGAGAUUCUACGAUGCAGGCUCCAGGGUGACCAAGGAGGAUUACGUCGCUGCCAUGUGCCCGACAGAGUUUCGCCACAAGGAAGGCAACCCGGCCAUCCAUCAGGCCGUAGGCCAGCUGCUCAGACUGCAGGUAGCGAAAGUGGAGGAGACCCUGUCGAGGAAGGAGGCUUUGUUCGCAAAGAAUGGUGAAGCUGUGGCCACGAGGAGGAAGUUCAUCAAACCCUCUGUUCCAGACCAUCAAUGGGACUUGUGGAACAAGGCCUUCGAUUCUUUCAGCUCCGCCGAGAGCGACAGCAGAGAAGGACAUGUGUCACUGUCGGAGCUCGUGCGCCAGAACGACGUGUGCCCUGCAGUUUGUGACUUCAUGUGCAAGAUUAUCGCUGGGAACAGAGCUGAGGGCUCUGACCCGGGUUUUUCCAAAGAGUGCUUUUUGCAGAAGCUCUUACAGUUGAGCCCUUGGCGAGUGAAGAGGCAGAUCUUGAGCCAGGGUAGAUUCUCUGCC